GAAACAGUUGCUCCGUUUCUGCGUUUUAGGCCCGAGCUGAACCUGUCGCACACCCGUUUGUGUGUUCCUGAAGUUUUGAGAAGUUAUUUUCUCAGACAUACAAAUCGAAAAAACUCCCCAGAGGAAACUUUUUGAAUAAGUCACUCUUAUACAUCGGUGUAAAAUUUUUCCUAACAAUGGAUGAGCAGACGGAAAUAAGCUCCACGACACCCUCAGAUGGCUUUCACGAUGCUGAAGAAGAAUACAAAGAAGACAAACACGUGAAGUCGUUGAUGGAUGAAGAAGGUGACUUCUCGGAAAGAGAGGCAGAUGCUAAAGCUUCAGACUACGGUAGUAUCUUAGAUCUGGUCGGAGGAGCGGAAGAUGCGCUGGAGAGGCACAGGUCCACACUGCCACGUACCGAAGAGCCUCCUCUGCUGGACUUUACAGAUCCAGAACCAGAACCAUCAUCCACCUCUAAACCUGAGCCAGAAGCUGUCAAACCAGCACCGAUCUGUGCUUUUGGAGGUGCGACAGCAAAACCGGAAGAAAAAGAAGAGAAAACAUCAGUCACACCAUCCAGAUCUAAAUCUUGUUGUUCAUUGGUGGACCUGCUGUAUUGGCGAGAUCUUCCGAGGACGGGGGUGGUGUUUGGAGCCAGUCUGCUCCUGCUGCUUUCUCUCAGCGUUUGCAGUAUUAUCAGCGUGAUCUCCUACAUGACCCUUGCCCUGCUGUCUGUCACCAUCUCCUUCAGGAUAUAUAAAGGCAUUUUACAGGCUGUUCAGAAGUCUGAAGAUGGACACCCCUUGAAGAUGUAUCUGGAUAAAGAUGUGGGGAUCUCUUCAGAGUUGGCUCAUAAGUACGGUGACACGGCUCUGGUGCACUUCAACUCUUUGAUUAAGGAGCUGCGACGACUCUUCCUGGUGGAGGAUCUGGUGGACUCGCUCAAGUUUGCAGUUCUCAUGUGGAUCCUGACCUAUGUUGGUGCCUUGUUCAAUGGUCUUACCAUUCUUAUUUUGGGUCUCAUAGGUGCUUUCAGUUGGCCGGUGAUCUAUGAAAAGCAUCAGGCACAAAUUGACCAUUACUAUGGACUGGUGAACAAACAAGUCAAAGAUGUUCUGGCAAAGAUCCAGGCCAAGAUUCCCGGAGCAAAGCCAAAGACAGAGUGAAGAAAGUUAGCUAGUGUGUUAUUUCUGUGCACGAGAAAUGAUGGUGGAAACAAGUGAAGACAGACAGAAUCGUGUUUGGUUUGGACAAAGGCCUUAGACGAUGCAAUGUAAACUUUACCCCCUCCCCUCCCGUCCCCCCAGUUUUUGAGUUGUUAGUGUAACUGAGAAUGAACCCUUUUUAAACCUCUUAUCAGUU